AUGAAUAGCCGGGAUGACAGGGGCAUGAAAUCAUUGCUGAGCACCGAAAGAAGUUUUCCGAUAACUCGAAAUGAGAAACGGUCCUUGAAAGGUGUACAAGUCAAUUUACCGACAUGUGAACUGCCGGAUGUGGAGGAAUGGAGCGAAGAUAACACGAACGGUGACGGCGUGAAUUCCACCGAUCGACGGCAUUCUGCCGAGGCUGCCCUGCUUUCUGUCCAUGAAAAUAAUGCUGGUUUGUUCACCCACUUCAUUAAUAAAAUAUGGUUGUUUAUCCAUAAUUUACGGAUGUUUAAGCCAGAAUUUACGGAUAUUUAA